AACCAUGACAAUAUCUACCUAACUGAUAUCCUUCCUCUGACUUCACCACUCCAAACUACUAUUCAAAUUACUGCCAAAGGGUUCUAUCUAGAAGUUGUUACUGGCUCCGCAUUGUCUGAUGGGAGAAGUCAAACGAAUCCAAACCUUUCUAAAUGGUCCUGGCUCUCCCCACAAUACGCCAGCUGCACCUCACAAUCAUUGUGACAAACAAAAGUUACCCCCACACUUCUAAGAUGCCCCCGAAGUGGUGGAACUUGCCUCCGUUGAAAAUGGCUUAUCUUCUAGAUCUUGGACAGAGACACGGUAUUUCUUGGGAAGCAAGGGACACCCUGACGCAGUGAAGAAUCUUUGCCCAUCCUGCACAACCACAAAUAUCCAGGUGCUCAUUUCAGGUGCUGAAAUAGCAGCAAUGACAAGAGACUUGGCUCCGUGCUAAGUAUCUGCAGUGCUGCCUGAAAGACUGUGAGAUGACAAUAGGGAGAAUGGAGAAUGUGGAGGUCUUCACUUCUGAAGGCAAAGGCAGGAGUCUGAAGGCCACGAAGGAGUUCUGGGCUGCGGACGUUAUAUUUGCUGAGCGAGCUUAUUCUGCAGUUGUUUUUGACAGCCUCGUGAACUUUGUGUGUCACACCUGCUUCAAGAGGCAGGAGAAGCUCCAUCGCUGCGGGCAGUGCAGGUUUGCCCAUUACUGUGACCGCACCUGCCAGAAGGAUGCUUGGCUGAACCACAAGAACGAGUGUAUGGCCAUCAAGAGAUACGGGAAGGCACCCAAUGAGAACAUCAGGCUUGCUGCGCGCAUCAUGUGGCGAGUGGAGAGAGAGGGCACCGGGCUCACAGAUGGCUGCCUGAUCUCCGUGGAUGACCUGCAGAACCACGUGGCACACUUCGGGGAGGAGGAGCAGAAGGAGCUGCAGCUGGACGUGGACGUUUUCUUGCAGUACUGGCCACCCCAGAGCCAGCAGUUCAACAUUCAGUACAUCUCGAAUAUCUUCGGCGUGAUUAAUUGCAAUGGUUUCACGCUCAGUGAUCAGAGAGGCCUGCAGGCCGUGGGUGUGGGCAUCUUCCCCAACUUGGGCCUGGUGAACCAUGACUGUUGGCCCAACUGCACCGUCAUAUUUAACAAUGGCAAUCAUGAGGCAGUCAAAUCCAUGUUUCACACUCAGAUGAGAAUUGAGCUCCGGGCCCUGGGCAAGAUCUCAGAAGGAGAAGAGCUGACAGUGUCCUAUAUCGACUUCCUUAACGUCAGCGAGGAACGCAAGAAGCAGCUGAAGAAACAGUACUACUUUGACUGCACGUGUGAGCACUGCCAGAAAGGGCUGAAGGAUGACCUCUUCCUCGGGGUGAAGGAUGACCCGAAGCCCUCUCAAGAUGUGGUCAAGGAGAUGAUACAACUUUCUAAAGAUACACUGGAGAAAAUUGACAAGGCUCGCUCUGAGGGUCUGUACCACGAGGUUGUGAAAUUAUGCCGGGAGUGUCUGCAGAAGCAGGAGUCAGUGUUUGCCGACACCAAUAUCUACAUGCUGCGGAUGCUGAGCAUUGUUUCAGAGGUCCUCUCCUACCUCCAGGCGUUCGAGGAGGCUUCAUACUACGCCAGGAGGAUGGUGGAUGGCUACAUGAAGCUCUACCACCCCAACAAUGCCCAACUGGGCAUGGCCGUGAUGCGGGCGGGGCUGACCAACUGGCAUGCUGGUAACAUAGAGGUGGGGCAUGGGAUGAUCUGCAAAGCCUAUGCCAUUCUCCUGGUGACACACGGACCCACCCACCCAAUCACCAAGGACUUAGAGGCCAUGCGGGUGCAGACGGAGAUGGAGCUGCGCUUGUUCCGCCAGAACGAGUUCAUGUACCGCAAGAUGCGCGAGGCUGCCCUGAACAACCAGCCCAUGCAGGUCAUGGCCGAGCCCAGCAACGAGCCAGCCCCAGCUCUGUUCCAUAAGAAGCAAUGAGGACCUGCCUUGUAUGGAGGGCACCGUGGCUGGGGAACUGGGGAGAUAUUCUGGAAGUAGUGGGUUUCUGGGGAGACCCUUGAUGAGGAAGUCAGAGGCACGCUCAACCUUGUUGCUAUGGGAAUGUACUGUUCUGUGUUCCCUAGUGUCAUUUUGGUUCAUUUCAACUCAGUUCAGUUCAAUUAACUCAUCCUACAGCCCAGCUCAUCCUACAAAUGUUUAUUGGAUGGUAAAUAAACACCCAAUAAACCUAGAGAUAAAGAGCUCCAAAAGUAGCUGGGGAGGCAAAACAUAAACAAACAAAGCACUGUGUAAUAAUAAAUGCAAUGGUAAACUAUAUGGAGAGAAGGGGUGCAGUAGAGGAUGCAGUGUGUGUGUGUGUGUGUGUGUCUGUGUGUGUGUAUAUGCAGUGGGGAGUUUCAUGGAGGGGAUGACAUCUGAGCUGAGGGAGGAAGGUGCCUGGAGAGUCUUCGAUGGCUGCUCAGCCAUCUGUGCAAGUGUCUCUGGGGCUGCUGGGCUCACCCAUGGUCUGGAAUAUUCAGGAUUUGGCUGACUAGGAUGGGGGAUGUCCAGUUUCGUCAGGUAAGUAUGGAGUUAUGAAAAAGGGUCUGUGUUUGGACCAUUUAGGUUCUGCUCAGAGAAGUGAAACCUCUUUCGAAUGGUGCAUAUGCAGGAAGAGGUGGAACAGCCCCUCUCCUUUUCCAAAGCUAAACUCCCCACUAGGGCUCUGUACCCCUUGCCCUCCUGUGUCCCCGGGGCCUUGCUUCACUUUACUCCUUCUCCACCCUCGAUCCUUGAUAUUUCUUUGUCCACUGACUUCUUCAAUGUAGUCAGUAAACAUGCUGGGGACUCUUCAAUCAUAAUCUUCACAGCUGAGUAUUUUUUUUUUAAAGGAUUUGUGUUUCAUAGGUAUCAUUUUCUCUUCAUUUUCCAUUUCUUCCUGAAACCACUGCAGGCUGGCUUCCUGAACUCCACUGAAAUAGCUCUCACCAAGGUCAACUGUAGUGGGUACUUUUCAGUCCUUACAUUAUUUGGCAUCUCUGUAUCAGUUGAUACUCCCAGCGCUUGGUUUCUGGAACACCACUUCCUUGUGAUGAUCCAAGACUGUUUCUCAGUCUUCUCUGUCCCUGUUUCUCCUCAUGCCCCUGAUAUGUUGGCCUUUCCUGUAGUUGGUUUUGUUCAUUCUGGUCACUCUUGGUUUAUUCUUAUCUCUGUACAAACUCCCUGCAUGAGCUCAGCAGGCCCUUUUUUUUCAUUCACCACCUUGAGUUUGAUAUUCUUAAAUCUGUAUUUCCCAACCUUGCUCUUGAGCUCCAGCCCCACCCACCCUCUUGAACAUUCUGCAGGCACAUUAAACUCAGCAUGUCUGAAAUGAAAUUUUUUCUCUUUCUCCCCCCACUGCCUACAGUUGUCCGUCCUCAGCACACUACCUGAGAACAACUGACUUCGACUUCCGUUGCAUCCCAGGCUUCAGUCAAACCUUCUCUCUCCUGGGUCCCUGAGGGACCCAUCUUCUUCCAUGACUCUCUUUGCAUUUUCUAUCUAAAAUACCUAAAACCUGCCAACUCCUAUUCAUGUUUUAACAUCCAGUUUGGAAAUCACUCCAUCUGUGAAGCCUCCCUGAAUGCCUUGGGUUCAGCUGGCUGCCUGUCUGAGUCUCUCAUAUUACCCUUGAACCUCACAUCAUAACUCUCUCCUCAUGGAGUAUAAUUGCCUUUUUACUUAUCUUCCUCCUCUAUCAGAUUGUGAGUGCCUGGGGAGCAGGAGCUGUGUCUUAUUCAUCUUUGUAUUCCCAGGAACUAACACAGGUCCUGAAACAUAGUAGGUGCUCAGUUAAUGUGUGUUGAAUGAAUGAAUGAAUAAGUGAAUGAAUUUGCUUAUCUCAGAGCAGAAGAGACAUGCAACUGUGUAUUUUGAGUUUUUAUGUUACAGCAAUCAACAAGGCUAUUAAAUCCACUGUUUCCAUACAAAUAUGUGUGGCUUCUUUCUUUCUGACAAUGUAUUUAGAGCAGCACUGUCUAAUAGAACUUUCUGUGGUGAUGGAAAUGUAUCAUGCGUAUAUCUGUAUUGUCCAAUACAGUAGCCACUAGUGGCAUAUGACUAUCUAGCAGUUGAAAUAUGUCUAGUAUGUUGCUGAGUCUAUUUCUGUUUUGUUUGCUCAAUGGUAUUGUAACCGGUAUAUAAGAUGUCAGAGGGAUAGUAGCUUUGGGGAAGCGGGGUUAUCACUUUGU